GAGGACCAGAGGAUGCGACAAGAAGCACUUGACGGUAACCGGAUCAUCAAUUCAAACUUGCAACCCCGAUGUGUGUGGGAUCUGUACAGCAACCGAGUGGUGCCAUGCUGGUGCAUGUGCACCAACAUUCAUGACUGCCAGUUCAUGUGGUGCUGGCCUCAGCCAAUAUUGCAUGGAUGGAUGGAUGAGAAGGAUCGUGUCAAUGUGUGGACACCUAUCAACAGAAAUGAAUGGCCUGUUCCCAUCCCAAAAGAUGCCAGCCUCAACCUUGUCUGCAUUGAGAUGCUCAAUCUUGGACUGGAGUAUGCAUGGUUGGAUGUCCUCUGCUUGAGACAGAUAGGUGGACAAGGAGAAGAUAUGCAUGCAGAAGAGUGGAAGCUGGAUGUGCCCACCAUUGGAGCAGUGUAUCAAACACAUCAUUUGUCUAUGGUGUGGUACUUGAAUGGGCUGGGUUGGCCUUUGAGUUUGAAGGAGGGUGACUUGGACAGUAAUUGGUCUUGGUUUAAACAUGCAUGGACACUACAGGAGGUUGGCAUAUACAGAGAGAUUGGUGGGAACACACAGGAUGGACCAAUGCAUGCUAAGUGUAAGGAUGGGAAGUAUGAGACUGAGCUACUGACCAGAUUUCAUGAACAGCUGCAGGCUGUGUAUCACAUUUCAAAAAAUCAUGUGUUUGAAGCACUGAAGAUCAUGCAAAAUCGGGUAUUGACGAACCCAGUGGACAAAGUUGCAGGGCUGGCAUUUCUUCUGCAGUCUGAGACGAUACCAGCAUACUAUGAGAGCCAGUCUCUUGAGGAGGCAUGGACAGCACUGGUCAAUUCAGCGGAUGUGAGGUCAAGGGCACAGUUCUUCUUCUUAUACCCUGAACCUGGAAAUGCAGGUGCAAAAUGGAGACCAUCAUGGGGCCAGCUU